AAAGAAUUUCCCGUGCUGAAUUUCCGGUUCCGCCUUUUCGGGAUAUUUCCUAAAGCUUAGAGGUUGCUCAUGUUCGUGCUUUGCCGCGUUUCAGGUGUGCAUACUGAAAAAUCAAAGUAGACACCAACAGGAGCAGCCUCAUGUAUCUAUAAAAAUCCCCGUGAGUAAAUUUAUUACUUUCGGCAUCAUGGCAUAUUUAGCUUUACUAGAGGACAUUGCGCGUAGCCAAAUACGACGGGAGCGAGUAUUUAGAGAUCGCAGUGAUUUCUUUUCCAAUGAUGAUUGGUGGCUUAUCAGUCGUUUUAGACUGCCAAGAGCGAUUCUCAUGGAAUUGUGCAAUGAAUUGGCCCCUACUCUUGAACGACCUACAUCACGUAAUCAUGCUGUUCCUGUCCAGCUCCAAGUACUGACAACACUUGGAUUUUUGGCAACAGGAACAUACCAACGCGAACUGGCUGACAGAUCAGGGAUAUCCCAGCCUACAAUGAGUUCCUUUAUUCCUCAAGUAGUGGCUGGCAUUAAUCGACUGUCCAGUCAGCAUAUUAAGUUUCCCUGUGGAGUCGAUGUACAGGCAAACAUCAAAACACAAUUUGCAGCAAUGUCCGGGUUUCCUAAUGUCAUCGGUGCUAUUGACUGCACACACAUUGCAAUAAAAGCACCAUCAGAGAAUGAAGCUACUUUUUUAAACAAAAAACAGUUUUAUUCCAUCAAUGUGCAACUCAUCUGUGAUGCCAACAUGGUUUUAACAAAUGUUGUUGCACGUUGGCCUGGAUCUACGCAUGAUGCUCUUAUUCUUCAAAAGAGCAGUGUAGGACGUAGUCUUGAGGCUGGGGUACUUCAAGAUGGUUGGCUGAUCGGUGAUAGUGCUUACCCACUAAAGCCCUGGCUGUUAACCCCAUUCUACCAUCCAUGCAGUGAAGAGGAACGCCGGUUUAACGAGGCACACGGAGUGGCACAUUCAGUGAUAGAGCGCACCAUAUGUUGUAUGAAAAAAAGGUGGCGGUGUUUGGACAGGUCAGGUGGCGUUCUGAUAUACCACCCGACAAAGGUGUGCAAUAUUGUAAUAGCUUGUUGUGUCCUACACAACUUGGCCCAGCGACACAACCUGCCUCUUCCUGAACCACUAAAUAUCGAAAUGGAUGAUAUCGCUGUUGAGCCCCUGCCGGAACCAGCUGACCUCUCUGCUGUGAGACUGAGGGUGGAUGUUUGCAAGAGAAUGUAAAACUCUCCCAGGAUGGCUGCUGGGCAUGCAGAUAGGGCUCCCCUGUCUUGGGGGAUGCUGAAAACGUCACCCCUGGCAGUCUCAUAUUGCUGUAUGGCUUUGGCCACAAUUCAAGUUAAUCACCCUCCCCAAUGUGAGUCUGAUGUAAACACCAUGUGAACCUUUCCUGAACCUGUCCAAAGAUGAAGGUCCCAGUCCACAUUCUGUGACUUCCCCAGCAUGCAAGGAAAAAGGAGAACAUUCCCAAGGGCGGAUUGUGCCAUCCAGGAGGAGACCACAUGGGUCAGCGGACACUUGACAGUAAACAGCGAUCAAAUUGCAUCUCAGAAGUUUUCUUCGAGAUAUUUGACGUUCAAAAACAGUCUAAUAAUUAGCAAUGACUUUACGAAAAAAAGUAUCAGCCUCAAGCUGCUCGUCGGCAGGCUCCAUAUGGUUCACUAGGGUUGCACUCUGUGCUCGUAAUCAAAGCCCGUAACCCCAUUCGCUCCAGGGACACUGUCUGGCCCUGCUGUGUGAUCCGCACUUGUGUAAGGCUUUAAUUUAGUGUCUGCUAAAUACAUGUAGGUGUUGCUGAUUAUUCUUAAUAUGAAAUGCGUUCUGAUUAAAAUGUGCCACAGGUGCAUUGUUCAUGGAAAUGUUAUGCCUUGUUUAAAAGCAACCGGCCAUUAAUGCCGACAUGGAUGUAAUAUCACGUUUUAAAAUGAAGGGGAAUUGCCUUUAUGGGACUAAAAUUAAAAUUCAAAUUAAUUUAGAUGAGGAUUUGGUCAUUGCAGAUAUUCACCUCAGGAAUUAAAAUGUGCCUAAUUUUAAUUUUUUAACAAAUAUGGAGAAAUUGAAUGCUGUUUGGUAGUAUGUGAAGAUACCAGAGUGGCCUGAAAAUAAAACUGAAAUUAAUCAAAAACACAUGAGACUAUCUCGGGGAUAUUCCAGAAAAUGGGUUAGCAUCCCACUUUCCGAAGGCAAGUUUGCAAUAAUAUUUCAUCUGCAAUAGUAUUUUUCAUCCCAUUCCAUGAUUUAGGGAUCAGUAAAGUUUCAUAUAAUUUGAUUAAAAUUUGUUUAUUGAA